GUGGAGGCGGUAUACGUGCAUCGGACAGACAAGCCGAGCACGGGAGGAGUAGACCUGAGUACGGACGAGAUGUACCCUGCUCACGUAGAGGCGGUAUACGUGCACCGCACCGACAAGCCCAGCACGGGAGGAGUAGACCUGAGUACCGAUGAGAUGUACUUUGCCCACGUGCGCUCCAUCAACGGCAAGGGCAUCGCCUGCCGCCCGCCCAAGGACCAGGAGAACGACCUCCAAGCUGACGACCGCGAGCGCUGCACUCUCGUGGCUGAGACUGCUGCCCGCGCCCGGGAAUGUGCUCAGGACGGCUUCAGCAACCAGGUGGGCUGGGAUGGUUGA